AUGGCUACUGCUUUGGAACGUGAGGAUCUUGUGCGUGAUGCUGCCUUUAACCAGGCCAUGCACGGCAAAUCUUCCAAGGCCCGUGGUGGUUUGACAGCUCUGAGUGGCAAGGACAAUGCUGCUCAGAAGGCUGCCGUCGACGACUACUUCAAACACUGGGAUAACAAGUCAGCUAAGGACGAAACCGCCGCUGAUCGUGAGUCGCGGAGAAACGAAUACGCUACCCUGACCCGGCAUUACUACAACCUUGCCACCGACUUCUACGAGUAUGGCUGGGGUUCCUCUUUCCACUUCUGCCGUUUCGCCCACGGCGAGCCCUUCUUCCAGGCCAUUGCCCGCCACGAGCACUACCUCGCUAUGCAGACUGGCAUCACUGAGGGUAUGAAGGUUCUCGAUGUGGGCUGCGGUGUCGGCGGUCCUGCUCGUGAGAUCGUCAAGUUUACCGGUGCCCAUGUCACUGGUCUGAACAACAACGAUUACCAGAUCGAUCGUGCCACCUACUACGCCGAGAAGCAGGGUCUUUCUGAGAAAAUGGCUUUCGUCAAGGGUGAUUUUAUGCAGAUGAAAUUCCCUGACAACAGCUUCGAUGCCGUCUAUGCCAUUGAAGCCACCGUGCACGCCCCCGAGCUUGUCGGUGUCUACUCUGAAAUUUUCCGUGUCCUUAAGCCCGGUGGUACUUUCGGUGUGUACGAGUGGUUGAUGACUGACGACUACAACAACGAUGACCCCGAGCACCGCCGUAUUCGUCUCGGUAUCGAACUUGGUGACGGUAUCUCCAACAUGGUCACUAUCUCCGAGGGUAUCAAGGCCUUCAAGGAUGCCGGUUUCGAGCUGCUCGCUCACGAGGACCUUGCUCAGCGCCCUGACGCCACUCCCUGGUACUACCCGCUGGCGGGAUCUUUCAAACACAUGGGUUCCGUCUGGGAUUUCUUCACCAUUGCCCGCAUGACCUGGUGGGGUCGUGGUCUCGCCCACCGCUUCGUCGGUGCCGGUGAGAAGAUCGGUGUGUUCCCCAAGGGUUCUCAGAAGACCGCUGACAGCCUGGCUGUUGCUGCCGACUGCCUGGUCGAGGGUGCUCAGAAGAACCUCUUCACACCCAUGUACCUCAUGGUCGGCAAGAAGCCCGAGUAA